AUGUGUUCCUCUCGAUACGGCAGGCCCAACCACCUUGGUGGGCUGCGCUGGGGAGGCCCCGGGCUCGUGCCGCCAUCCACAGCUCUGUUGAUGAGCUGUGCUGGGAAGCCCGUGUCGGUGCUGUUCAACCAGAAAGCUAGCGUGGACAUGUGGGCGUCAGCGGAGCGCGGUCAGGACACAGUACCACAGCCAGCCCUCAUCGGCAACUCCCAGUUGAAACUGGACGAGAACAAAUGCAACCGCAUUAAUAAAACCCUAUCUGCAAGAACAGAGUUAGUGUGUUCUGCACUGACAGUGAUGUGUCUGGAGAAGUGUCCUGUAUGUGCUUGUCUUACAAACUUGUCUUAUUUUCUGCAGUCCUACUUUGUUACGGAUUAUGAUCCGACGAUUGAAGACUCCUACACCAAGCAAUGUGUGAUAGAUGAGAGAGCUGCGCGCUUGGACAUUCUGGAUACAGCAGGACAGGAAGAAUUUGGAGCCAUGCGUGAACAGUACAUGAGGACAGGGGAGGGUUUUCUGCUUGUCUUCUCAGUCACUGACAGAGGAAGUUUUGAAGAAAUCUAUAAGUUUCAGCGACAAAUUCUUAGAGUGAAAGAUCGCGAUGAGUUUCCUAUGAUUCUAGUCGGUAAUAAAGCAGAUCUGGACCACCAAAGACAGGUGACACAAGAGGAAGGUCAGCAGCUAGCACGGCAACUUAAAGUAACGUACAUGGAAGCCUCUGCAAAAAUCAGAUUGAAUGUAGACCAAGCUUUUCAUGAACUUGUCAGAGUUAUAAGGAAAUUUCAAGAACAAGAGUGCCCUCCUUCACCAGAGCCAACACGGAAAGAAAAAGACAAGAAAGGCUGCCAUUGUGUUAUUUUCUGAGAAUCCCAAGAACCAAGCUAUCAACUGCCAGAUUAUUUUUUUUUCUUUCCAUCAUUUUACAUCACUUCUGGUAUUGGUCUAGCCUUAUAUGUGCAUGUCCUAAAAGUGGUCACCAGAAUAGCCUUAGUCCAAGAAGCUGGCAGAAUAGUUCUUGAAGAAGACUCUGUCAUCCUGGGGCAGACUUCAAAACAAAACACUAAGGCUGCUUCUUUAAUACCACAGUUCCUUCCUUCUCUCUCUUAAGAGCUUGCACCUUGUGGAGUUUUAUUCGCAAAGGAGAUGAAACAAAACCGUGUAGGACAAGGUGUUGAAGUCAUGCAUAAGUUGUCUCUUGUGAAUUAAUUUAUUUUUACUUGUGACGUUUCAUUAGCUAUUUCAGAGACCUAUAUUGAAGUACACAGAAUACUUUUAAAAAAAAAAAAAAGGGGGUGGAUUGGCUUUUUUUGCCCUCAGUUAAAUUAGACUUGAGUAUUCAGCUAGCCUUAAGAAACCUACACUGAAUUUCAUUGUCAGCAAAAAUUUUCAUCUCUCAUUUAUGCUGCAGUUUUAUUUCAGUGGCCAAAACAGUCUACUGUAUUUAUUUUAUGAAUCCAGAACAGCUACAGGGUGAUUACUACUACUAUUAGGAUAUGGCCAAAUACCUGAGCUCAUUCUGGAUUGAGGCAUUUCAGCUUAUUAAGAAAUUUCACAUCACUUGUUUGGAAACAAAUUGUGUCUUCCUUUGUAUUUCUGGGUAAGGGAUUAAGGAAAACUAAAAUUGUAGCUGUUUUUGUUUCAUGUGAUAUGAAAAUGAAUUUGAUCUUUCCAUUGUCAGAGAUGAUUAAAUGUUUUUGCUAUAUACUUUUAUACAUUAUUUUCUUAUCAAACUAGUUAACAAGUAUUUUUAUAUGUUUGUAAGCAAAUAUGCUUUCACAGCAUAACUUGUGUAUAUGUAAAGAUGAGUAUUUAAUUCUCACAGUUCACUUUUAACUGACAAAAUGUGGGAUUUGCCAAACUGUGGUAAACUUCUCCUUACUCUUCCGGUUGUACCCAAGAAUGGCCAAUUAUGUGCCUGCCCAACACACCCAUAGAGUAAAAUCUAGUGUUGUGUUUUAAUGAAUUUCAGUAUCCCUCACUAAAGACUGACCAUUAUGUGAAUUAUUAAACUGUAAGACUUUUAACUGAUUGUUUAGUUAAACUGUGGAUGGUUGUUUAAUUUUGAGUUCUGUGGAUUGUGUUUAAACAAUUCAAGAGUAUGUUCCCUGAUAUUGAAAUACUGAGUGGUAUUGCACAGUUGUCACCUUACUGAAUGUGUCCAACAGUUCUUUGAAACUUGAUUAUUAAGCAAACCCUUGUAUAACUUCAGGUGCUAGAAUUAAAGAUGAUCUAACCAU